UUACAUUAUUUACCUUAUUGUUUACACCGUCCUUUCCAGGUGGAUAAACCCUCCUCCCCGAACCGUUUGUCGGCCUCUACUGGAUUUGGCAACUCGGUGGCUAGACCUUUUGGUAAUGGCGGCUUUACACCCAGUUCAAAUCGUAACCGUCAAGCAUCAAGCUCCUACUCCAAUGUGGAUGCUCCCGUAGGACCUCAAACUCAACAGCAGGUUCCAUUCCGCAAUACCCGCAAUCGUUUUCAACCCAGCUCGGCUACCACCACCACUACCUCCACUUCAACGACUACUGAAUAUCCCAAUACAAGUCGUAGAUAUAAUCGUUUUGGUGGACGUACACAAAAUCUCUCCUCAGGAGGCUUUAGACCUGCCACACAAACCACCACACAGGCUAAUAACCCGGAACUAAGUAGGAUCAAUGUAAAACCCAGUAAUCGUCGUCCGGCCUUUAUCAGUCGUGAGGUUAAUGAACCCAUACAGGCGAAUAAACCCCUUAAGAAUUACCCAAUUAAGCAGGGAAGAGUAAAGCUACCCUUAAAGGAUAAAUUGUUAAAGCAACAGGUAUCCGCAUCCUCGACACCUUUCCGACCAGCUCUGCCUUUUGGAGUACACAAAGAAAGUGGCGGAUUAAGUGAUGAAUAUGAAGAGACUCAGGAGCAAGUGGAUAAUAAGUUAAAGUUGCCGGUAUUGGAGAAAUUGCAAUUACAGGAGGCUGAAGCUAAACCCCCCGCAAUAGAUAGUGUAGCCAAAUCCACAGAAGUAGCAGCCACUACUUUGACAGCACAAAUCAAUUCCAAGGAAAAUCAGGAAGAUGUAGUGGCCCAAAAUUCCGCCAAUGCUUCGCAAAGUGAAGAAAUACAAAAGGUCGAUGACAAUGAAGAGGAAGGAGGUGAAAAUUACUCCGAUGAAUACUCACAAGAGGAACAUCAGGAAACGGGUAGUGGCAGUAAGGAAGCAAUAACCGAUGGUUCUUCAGAGAGUGAAGGUCAUACUACUGAAAAGCCUUUGCAACAUGAUGAAGAAUAUCACGAGGAAGAAGAUAGUGAGGCAGCCUUAAAAGCCACUGUUAUGCCGGUAACAGAACCUACUACCACUGACAGGCAAGAGGAACAGCAAAUAAUAACCACCACUGAAUCGGCGGCCGCUGGGGAAGCAGAAAAAAUUACUGCAACAGUUUUAAUGACCACCACCGAAUCUUCGGGUGAGAAACAGGAACAUGAUGAAGAAUCUAGUGCGGAUUAUGAUGAGGAAGACUAUGAAGAAGAAAGUGGAGAUGAGGAAAGUGGCGAUGAUGAGGAAGCCGAGGAAGGAGAAGAGCAUGAGCAUGAGGACGAACAUGAAGAGGAACAUGAAGGUUCGGCUCAUAGUUUGGAAAAUACGGACGACUCUUUGCCUAUUAGCUCCACUACCACUCUGGAACCUAGUCCUUUAAUAUUGGAUCGUGAAGUUAUUUCCGUGGUUACCACCAAGAGUGUGGUUAAUGGUUCAACUGCAUUCCCCUCACCGGUGACACCCCGCUCUACAACUCUUUCCAUGGAAGAAGAAUCCAUAUUUACCGAAACUAAAGUAUCUCCAGCUUCGGAAGAGAACGUCGAGGAGGUAGAUGGUCCUACCACUCCUACACCUAAAGCAGCCAGUGAAGAAGGUAUGAGCAAUACCACAGAGGGUUAUGUAGUAGUGGCAUCCAUACAAACUAGCAGAAGUAUAAAUGGAGCCCGUUUCUUGCCUUUCCCCGCCAUACAACAGGAGGAGUCUAAGAAAUCCUUAUCCGAACUGGAACGCAAUGCUAAAGCCAAGGCCAGUAAAAACAAUCAAGAUUCUGCCUCGGAACAAACCAAUGAAAGUGGUGAAAUGGAUGUUAUAACUACGGCACAAACAGAAUCAACUACAGAAAGUACCUCCUCAACACAGGCCUCCUCUUCCACUGAAAGUAUCAUAGAUAAAUUGGAUAGAGUACAAUCGGAAUUAUCUAGUGGCUUAUUGGCUGGAAAGUACCCUAUAAUAAGUCAAAUGGGAGUAUCCACACCCUCUACUACCUCCACCUCUGGCAAUAGAUUUGCUCCCAACAUACGCAAGUUCCAACCUAAGACCACAGCUGCACCCAAAGUAAAGGUUCAUCACUUCGAUGAAUCACCAGCUCCCAAAGUUAAGGUGCAUCAUAUUGACGAAACCGAAAUGGAUGAAUUGGCCAGUUUAUUGCCUGAUGGUUUUAAGAGACCUUCCUAUAAGAAUCGUAAGAUCACCACUACAACUAGCACUACCAAGAAACCCGAACAAGAGGUUCAUGAAUUCAAGAAACCUUUAAGAAAUUCCACCAUAGGCAGAUCCUUUAAGAAUACCCCUGUAGCACAAGAUGUUUCUUUGGCCGGUUUACUGCCGAAGGGCUAUAAAGUUCCCUCCACCACUGAAAAUCCUAAAAACGAUUUACACAAUAUUUUAAGCAAAAUCAAGUUUGAUGAGAACCUCGAUAAAUUGCUGCCCAAGGAUUACAAAGACAAGGCUACCACAGCCAAACCUGCGGUAACUUUGGUUGAUGAUAUAUCCAAAUUUUUACCACCAGGUUAUAAACUAACCACACCCACUACGCCCACUAUUAAGGAUGAAAAGAAAACGGAAGAAACGAAGCCAGCCUUAGCAGGAGUUACUGUUGCCGAGCCCGAUGAUAUAACUAAAUUCUUGCCUCCUGGUUAUAAACUAAGAACUACUCGAAAACCUUUGCCUAAAGUUGAGCCUCAGGCUAUAGACAUUUCGCAACUAUUGCCUAAGGGUUAUAAGCCGGCCGCAGAAGAAAAGGAAAAGGUUGUUGAGGAUAUUUUCAAGAAAAUUGAAUUUAAAGAAGUGGCUUCUCUAUUGCCUCCUGGUUUUAAACUUAAUAGCAGUGAGGAAGAACCAGCCAAACAUCCCGCUUCAACUUCAACUAGUAGCACCACAACUACCACUGCCAAACCCAGUGAGGAGACACAGGCAAAUACCUCUUCCUCUUCUAGUUCUGGUUUCAAAGUAGUCUUUCCUAAGGGUAUACACAAGCGCUUAGGUGCUCAACGUUUAACCACACCCAGAACCUUUGAGUCUGCUGAGAACUUAGGUGGAUCUCCUCCAGUGGUUGUAAGGAAAGGUCCUCCCACUAGAGCCACUACAGAAUUUACCGGCUGGCCCACACCCUCCACUACUCCCAUUUCGAUAGAAAAGCUAUUGGAACAAGCCAAGACUGCCACUAUUAAUUUCGAAGAUUUAUUAAUGCCAUCGACUUCUACCAGCACUACUACAACCACUACCACCACAACUACUACCACUACCACUACACCUAAACCUACUAAGCCUGGUUUCUGCACAUCAGAUUGUGAUUUGGCAGCCACUAUUAAGAUUAUAGAUGGUGUAUCCUGGAAACCCGAACUAUUGGAUCAUAAUACAGCUGAAUGGAAGAAUCUUGCAAGAGAAGUAGAGGCACAAUUAAACGAGGUCUACUCCUCAGCUCCCAAAUUAAGUAAAUGGUAUAAAAAAGUACGCAUCGACAGUUUCAGUAAAGGCAGUGUGCUUGUUGACUACUAUGUAGAACUAGCCAAUAUUACCCAAGAUGUCAAUACCUUGGAAAUUAAGAAACUCUUCCAUGAAGCCCUAACACCACAACCCGUCUUGCCUCAUAAAUCUGAAACGGAAAAUGAAACCGAUAAUGACGAGGAUAGCAGCUAUCAGGAUAUCAAAGAGGAAAAACUAGUCAAAGAAACUUUCCUAAUGGGUAAAUAUCUUAUAGAUCCAGUAGCCACCGAUUUUUCAGUCAUACCCAAACCCUUGACUCCUAAUGUGGAAUUUGCUGAAGAAGAUUUGCUUAUACCUCAAUGGGCCAUUGUGGUUAUAGUUAUUGGCGUAGGUUCUCUGGUGUUUGUGGUUAUAUUUGGUAUAACUGUGUUACUUAAUCGCCAGAAUCGUGCUAAAAAGACUCCUAUACCUUUAACCAAUGAUAUGUUGAAUGAAUUGAAAAUCAAUCACAUGGGUGGUGCGGACAAUUAUGGCGUCGAUGAUUUCUAUAAUAUAGAUGAUGCCUGGAAUGAUACAAAACAACCUAUUAAACCAAAGCGCUUUACCAAUUCCAUGAACGACAGCAGUGGUUCAAAUAUCUACGACAGUUGGCGUUCAACACGUCAUGGUGACUACUAUUACGAUUCGCAAAAUAAUUACUCCUCACAAAAGGGUGAUUCAUUGCAAAGAUCUCUUAAACAUCAUCCCCAUUCACAAUACUCCAAUCAUUCACAGCAUCAUCAGCAAUCGCUGUAUGGAGGUCAUCAGUAUCCCGAUGCAUUUGCGGAUGCUCAUCAAAUGUAUACGUAUAAUAAUCAAACGAAUGGACGAUCAUCACGUUAUGCACGUGAUUAUGAUCCCGAUUUUUAGCUUAUAGACGUUUAGUGUAAUUCGUAAAUUUACAAAACAAAACAUGUACAUACAAAUUAUUUAAAAUUUGCUCUAUAAUUUCUUUUUUGUUUUAACAAACAUGUUUUAUUAUUAAUUAACUUUUCUAAAAAAAGAAACUUUUAUAACUUUU